AUGGCUUCCUAUCUCUUUCUUUGCCUAUUUCUCUUCUUUCCCCACCUUCAUGCUUCUUCUUUUUUGGGAUCUCACUCCUGCUCUCACCACGAAGCUGCUUCUCUAAUCCAGUUCAAGAAUUCCUUUUCCAUCACUCAGACAGUGCAUGCUGUUAGGUAUUGCAGUCAUAUUGUUGGCUUUCAAUCUUAUCCCAAGACAAAUUCAUGGAAGGAGGGUACAGAUUGCUGCUCAUGGGAUGGGGUCACUUGUCAUCACCUAAAUGCUCAUGUUAUUGCCCUUGACUUGAGCUGCAGUAGGCUAUAUGGCAACUUCCCUUCCAAUACCACUCUCUUCCAUCUUCCUCACCUUCAAAAACUCGACCUUUCUUACAAUGAUUUUAAUCUUUCCAAAAUUCCAUCUGAUUUUAAUAAUGUGUCCUUGAAGUUUUUAGAUCUCUCCCAUUCCAACUUAUCAGGACCGGUUUCAAGAUCACUGGGAAAACUCUUGCAACUCAGUGAUUUAGACUUGUCGCGAAACCAAUUGAGUGGACAAAUUCCAAGAAUAUUGGGGAACCUCUUACAACUCACUUAUUUAAGCUUGCAUGAGAACCAAUUGAGUGGACAAAUUCCAAGAUCAUUGGGGAACCUCUUACACCUCACUAAUUUAGACUUGUCGCGGAACCAAUUGAGCGGACAAAUUCCAUUAUCAAUUCUAAGCCUAACGCAGCUUGAAUAUAUGAGAAUAGAUGGAAAUACAUUAGAAGGUUCCAUUCCAGAUGAGGUAACCGCUUUUCCUAAUCUAAUAUCUUUAGACUUAUCUGGCAAUUUACUCAAUGGAACACUUCCGUCAUGGUUGUAUACUGCUCCCUCCUUGAAGGAAAUAUAUCUCUCUCAAAAUCAAUUCAGCGGGAAUAUCAAAGAAUUCCAAUCCAAAUCACCAGAAUUGAUAUGGUUAAACAAUAAUAAACUCCAAGGUCCUCUUCCAUCUUCAAUAUUCCAACUUCUCAAUCUUACCCUGCUUAGCUUAUCCUCAAAUAAUCUUAGUGGUGUCAUAGAGUUGAGCAUGUUCUCGAACCUUCCAAAUCUCAAUUAUCUUGACCUUUCAUAUAACAGCCUAUCCUUAACAUCUAAUAGCACUUCUAGUGUUAACCAUAUAUUGCCUAAUCUUAUAGGCAUAUUUUUGUCAUCUUGCAAUCUUAGUGAAUUCCCCCAAUUUUUGAAAGGGCUUAAAAGUUUGGAAAGCUUAGACCUCUCUUGCAACAGAAUUGAAGGCAAGAUUCCACAGUGGAUGCAAGAGGUGGGGAAUGACUCUUUGAGUUACUUAAAUGUAUCUCAUAACUCUUUGACAGAAGUUGAGCACUUUCUAUGGAAGAAUAUUGCAGUUCUUGACUUAAGCUCCAAUUUGAUCCGUGGAAAUCUUCCAAUUCCAGCUUUGACGAUCAAAGUCUUUCUGAUCUCAAAUAAUAGUUUCAAUGGAGAGGUCUCUUCUUUAAUAUGCAAUGCUAGUUUUCUUCGAAUUCUUGAUUUGUCCCACAAUAACUUGAGUGGAACAAUUCCCCAAUGUUUUGGAAGUUUGAGCGACAGCCUUGAAUUCUUGAAUCUGAUGAAGAACAAGUUUUAUGGGACGAUUCCUCCAACAUUUGCAAAGGGAUGCAAUUUGAGUAAUUUCAACUUAAAUGGAAAUCUGUUAGAAGGGCCUUUGACACCAUCCAUCUUUAAUUGUAAAGGUCUGGAAGUGCUAGAUCUUGGUAACAACAAGAUCAAUGAUACAUUUCCUCAUUGGUUGGGAAGUCUUCCACAGCUACAAGUUCUUGUAUUGAAGUCAAAUCAUAUGCAUGGUUCCUUGUGUGUGAAUAGCUCCAAGUCUAGCCCUUUUUUCUCUAAAAUCCAAAUUUUUGACCUCUCAAGUAAUUAUUUUUCUGGACCCCUACCAGUGGAAUACAUCAACAGCUUCAAGGCUAUCAUAAAUCUAGAGACGAUUGGUAGUACAGUGUCGUACAUGGGGAUGUAUGAUUACGAAGGUAGUGCCUUCUAUACCUAUUCCAUUGGAAUUGCUAUGAAAGGACAAGAUAUGGAAUUGGUGAAAAUUUUCACCAUGUGGAUGAUCAUUGAUCUAUCAAACAAUCAGUUUGAAGGGGAGAUUCCAAAGGUAAUUGGGAAGCUUAACUUAUUGAAAGGGCUCAACCUUUCUCAUAAUAACCUUAAUGGUGGUAUCCCCACCUCAAUAGGGAAUUUGACAAGUCUUGAAUGGUUGGACCUAUCUUCAAACAGGUUGUCUGGGACGAUUCCAAAUAGAUUGGAAGAUCUGCCAUUUCUUUCGUCCUUAAAUGUUUCUGAAAAUCAACUUCAUGGUCAGAUUCCUCAAGGCAAACAAUUCAACACAUUUGGAAAUGAUUCAUAUGAAGGAAAUAAGGGACUAUGUGGGUUUCCGGUCUCGAAAGGUUGCAACAUCAUUGAGUCACCACCUCCAAAUGUGCUUGAAAAAGAUGGCUCAAAAUCAAACAUUGCUUUUGGUUGGAAAGUGGUGUUGGUAGGUUAUGGAUGCGGAGUAGUGUUCGGAAUGUCGGUGGGAUAUGUUGUUUUCCAAACUGGUAAGCCAAAAUGGUUGGUGAAUUUGGUUGAAAACCAACAGAGAGAAGAGGCGAAGAAGAAAGUCAAAGUAAGGCAAUCGCAGCAAUAG